AGGAGGGGAGGAGAGGGGAGGAGCGGAGAGGUGAGGGGCGGAAUGGGCCGGCCCCUAGAGUGGGGGCCCGGGAAGAUCGGAGGUGCCGGCGACGAGGUGGUAGUAGUCCUGCCGCCUCGCGUGUGGAGGGAAGGAGAGAAGCCAGGAAAUAAAGAGGAAAAAGGGAGCGAUGCAGAUUUCGGGAAGAACCACGGGACCGUCUUAGCCUUGGCUGGGCCACGGAGCUCACCCGGACAAUGUCACUUGGUGGUGGAGGAGGACGGUGAGACGUUGGCUGGGAGUCAGAUUGUAGCCACUUGCCUGCCACUGCCCAGCCAAGGGGCAGCCCAGAGCCCAGGAGCAGCAAGUGGCUGCAGGUCACAGACACAGAGAGGGUAUGAGUGUGGCGGUGAGCACCUCCGCUCCCCUCCCCCCAGCCUCAGACACCAACAUGGUCACAUCCACCUUCUCCCUGGUGGACUAUGUGGUCUUUGUCCUGCUGCUGGUCCUCUCCCUUGCCAUUGGGCUCUACCAUGCCUAUCGUGGCUGGGGGCGACAUACCAUCGGCCAGUUGCUGUUGGCGGACCGCAAAAUGGGCUGCUUUCCUGUGGCGCUGUCCUUGCUGGCCACCUUCCAGUCAGCCGUGGCCAUCCUGGGUGUGCCGUCCGAGAUCUACCGAUUUGGGACACAGUAUUGGUUCCUGGGCUGCUCCUAUUUCCUGGGGCUGCUGAUCCCAGCACAUGUCUUCAUCCCAAUCUUCUACCGCCUGCAUCUCACCAGUGCCUACGAGUACCUGGAGCUCCGGUUCAAUAAAGCUGUGCGGGUUUGUGGGACCGUGACCUUCAUCUUCCAGAUGGUAAUCUACAUGGGGGUUGUCCUCUAUGCACCAUCACUGGCCCUCAAUGCAGUGACUGGCUUUGAUCUCUGGCUGUCAGUGCUGACCCUAGGCAUUGUCUGUACCGUCUACACUGCUCUGGGUGGACUGAAGGCAGUCAUCUGGACAGAUGUGUUCCAGACCCUGGUGAUGUUCCUAGGGCAGCUGGUGGUUAUCAUUGUGGGGUCGGCCAAGGUGGGCGGUUUGGGGCACGUGUGGGAUGUGGCUUCCCAGCAUGGCCUUAUCUCUGGAAUCGAGCUGGAUCCGGACCCUUUUGUGCGGCACACUUUCUGGACGCUGGCCUUCGGGGGUGUCUUCAUGAUGCUCUCCUUGUAUGGAGUGAACCAGGCUCAGGUGCAGCGCUACCUCAGUUCCCGCACGGAGAAGGCUGCAGUGCUCUCCUGCUACGCCGUCUUCCCUUGCCAGCAGGUGGUCCUCUGCAUGGGCUGCCUCAUUGGCCUGGUCAUGUUCGCCUACUACCAGGAGUAUCCCAUGAGCACCCAGCAGACUCAAGCAGCCCCUGACCAGUUCGUCCUGUACUUUGUGAUGGAUCUCCUGAGAGGCCUGCCAGGCCUGCCUGGGCUCUUUGUUGCCUGCCUCUUCAGUGGCUCCCUAAGCACCAUAUCCUCUGCUUUUAAUUCACUGGCAACUGUUACAAUGGAAGACUUGAUUCGACCCUGGUUCCCUCAUUUCUCUGAAGUCCGGGCCACCAUGCUUUCCAGAAUCAUCGCCUUUGGCUACGGGCUGCUUUGUCUGGGAAUGGCCUAUAUUUCCUCCCAGAUGGGACCUGUGCUGCAGGCAGCAAUCAGCAUCUUCGGUAUGGUUGGGGGCCCGCUGCUCGGACUCUUCUGCCUUGGGAUGUUCUUUCCUUGUGCCAAUCCUCCUGGUGCCAUCGUGGGCCUGUUGGCUGGACUGAUCAUGGCCUUCUGGAUCGGCAUUGGGAGCACAGUGAGCAGCCUGGGCUCUGGCAGAGUGCCCACUCCCUCUAAUGGGUCCAGCUUUUCCCUGCCCAGCAAUCUGACUGCUGUCACCAUGGCCACACUGAUGCCCUCGACUACUAUCUCCAAACCCACAGGGCUACAGCGGCUCUAUUCCCUGUCGUAUUUAUGGUACAGCGCUCACAACUCCACCACGGUCAUUGUGGUGGGCCUGGCUGUCAGUCUGCUCAGUGGCGGAAUGCGGGGCCGGACCCUGAACCCUCGGACCAUUUACCCAGUGUUGCCGAAACUCGUUGCCCUCCUGCCCAUGUCCUGUCAGAAGCGACUUCACUGCAGAACCCACAGCCAGGUAGAUCUCUCUGUGGACACGGCUGUGUUUCCGGAGAAGGUGAGCAACGGGAUGCUGAGGGGCAGCAGAGACAAGGAGGCCGUGGAUGUGCCUGAGGAAGGCCCAGCCCACCAGGGGAUCAGCCCCACCUUCAUCGUUCAGGAGACCUCACUGUGAUCUGGACUCGGGACCCAGCCCCAGAGACCACCCUGUGACACAGGAAUGAGUUCCUUGGUGAUCCUCAGGGGUGGUCAAGGACUGGAUGACCUCGCCCGCACCACAGGGCCUUGUUCUUGGGAGUUUGUGCUGCAGUAGAAGCUGUCAUGUCACGGGAGGUGUGAGAGUAGGACAGGGUUUUUCCUUGUUCCUUGCCAGUCUGUUCUCUAGAGAACCAGGCUUGCAGAGGGUAGGAUUUUGCCAGAGAAAGGGAUAGAGGUGAAUCCUCUGACAAAAGGAUAAUGGCUUCUAAUUCCGCAUCAUCAGGCUCCUUUGAAGUGAAUAGAAAUAGCAGUGCUGGACCCACUUUGUCAAGAUUGACCAUCUCCCCGUAAAACUCAGCUGCGUCGGCCAGCUGUUGCUUCCCUCGCAGUCCCCUUGGAGCACACGUUCUGUCAGCCACAGAGGGCCCCUGUGGCACUACUUUCAGGUUGUCUGUGAUACCCAGGCCCCUCUCAUUAUCUGUCUACCUCCAUUCUUGAGAGGGAGGUUUUGGUGUCCCUGAGAGGUGUCUCGGAGCAUACAGGUAUAUUCAUCUCCCUUGUGUAGAGUAGGGAAGCUUUCCCUUUUCCUCGCUGCCCCACCCUCCACCUCUGUAAUGGGUACUUGGAGAUGGGGAAAGUGUUAAUUUAAGAAACUAGGGCAUGACCAGGUCCACUGUGGAGCGUGCCAUCCGCCUGACUCCUGAGCCACGCCACCCUAGUGGCAUUUGGUCAUUCAUGCUGUUUCCUUUUGGAGUUUCUUCCCCACAUUUCUUUGUUCCUAGGGAGUAAAAACUGCUAUUGGGCUAGAAUUUGGGCUUCUGUACUGUCUGCACCUGCUCUUGUCCACCUUAGUGCUAUCCCUGACAAAGAUAAAGAGCCCCUCUUCCCAUGCACAGGUCUUCCUCUGCUGAGGAGAGAGGCACAGGGGACCAGUGAUGGCUUGGUGAGGUUUCUGGUCUCUGUGGCUGAUGUGUCUACAGGGGGUAGCAUUGUGCUUAUGGGGUGGAAGAUGCACACUUUCCCUCUGCUGCUUCUCUUCCCCUGUGGCUCAGUCUGUUCCCUGUCCCACCCACCAUGUCCUCGACCAGUACAGUCACUGCUGCUCUGGGAAUGUUCCCUUUGGGGCAGGAGGAAGAAUGCUGCUGUUUGGCUUUUAAAAAUAGAACAUUCGAGGUGGAUUUUAAUGGUCUUGUGAAGAACACUUUGCUCAUGUCCACCCACACCUGGUCUCUAGCUCUGCUUGGCCCCAUCCAACUGCCCAGAAGCAGCUCUGGGAAAGCUCUCCAGGCCCCUCAGCAGAGACUUAGUCCCACACACAUCCAUGGCCAGUCCCAGAAAAUGCCAGGUUGACUCUGCCCUGAGGUCUGCCCUCCUCUUGACAGCCCCCCACCUUGGGGCUGAGGGCCACUGCUCAGCCCACAUCCCCACCCCAGCCAGCUGCUAGAGUUGUAGACCUAGCCGGGCUCUCAUUUAUUCAUUCUUCAACAUAUUUAUCCAUCACCCACUUCAUUCAAGGGCCUUACCUUGGCUGCCAUCUUAGAGCUAAGGAAAUGACUGUGCCACCCAGGGACUCUGCACCAGGUGCCACCGUUGGCCUUUGAGUUGCCCCUUUUUGUCUCAAAUUCUUGCAUUUUGGCUAUAUUUACAUAGAAAAAGGGGAGACCCUACAGGACUCAGAACUUACAAGAAUUAUAUUUAAGGGGAAUGGUAAAAAACAUUCAUUCUCCAUAUAAGUCAAACUCUGUAACAGAACAUAGAUGUUCCUUUGUCUCUAACGCAGUAACUUUUAUCUUCAUGCAGAGUUUUAAAAGUACCAUUUAAUGAUUGAGGGUGGAGUCCAAUGGACAGACCUGGGUUCAAAUACUGACUUCAGUUACUUCAUCUAUUAGGUGUGAAUGUCACAGUUAAAGAUUCAAAAUUAUAUUGUGUGUAAAGGACUGAUGCAUUCCUUAAAUGCCAGUUAUUGUGAUAAUAAUUGUAGUUUUCAAAGCACUUUUCAUGUGCUACCUAAUUUUAUACUUCGGGAGAGAAGUACGUUCCAUAUCAUCUGCAUAUUUAAUGUAUAAGGUAACUGGAUUGCUUGCCUAGUGAAGGGUUGAAGCAGAGCUAGAACCCGGGUCUGUGACUCCCAUUAGCCCACCAAAGUCACAUCUCUUGCCUGGAAGCAGUGUCCUUUUUGAUAGGGUGCUCACACAGGUGACAGGGUCUCUCCUGAGAUAGCAGUCCAGAGAACAACGAUGUACUAAAUGGGGUGCUACUGUACCAUCGUUCUAGAAUCUUUCUAAGUCAGUGGCCUUCAAACCUUUCUUGAGACCCACAGUAAGAAUGUAUUUCACAGCAUGACCCAGUAUACUGAUAUAUUGCGUUGUGUUACUAAAACAUUUCAUGAAAAAGUGUCUGUGGGUAUAGCUAAUAUUUCUGGAGCUCUCCUUUUUCCUUCCCUCCUUGAAUAAUUCAGUCCUUAAGCCAUUAUGUGGAGCAGAGCAAGGUAGGCACUCAUGCUGGGGGCUAGGUGUCAGAGCACAAGUGAAAGGAGGGAGGCCAUGCACAGGAGUGGCCCAGCUUGAAUGCCAGAGCCCAAGCUGGAUGAGGAGAGUGUCCAUGGGGGUCGGGAGCCUGGUGUGGGGUUGGAGAAAGAGAAAGGAGCCCUCACAGGAGAAAAGACGUGCGGGUUGUCAGCUGGAGUGAGUGAGGUGGGAGCCUAAGGGGGGGGCAGCUUGACGUGGGGUGUCAGCAUGAGGAGUGCAUCCACAAGGUAGGUGGCUCAGCAUGGCUUGUCCGAGCCAGUGUGUGUGUGUGUGAAGGCGGCGGGACUUCCCUGGCAGUCCAGAGGUUUAGAUUCCGUGCUUCCAAGGCAGGGGAUGCGGGUUCGAUCCCUAGUCGGGGAACUAAGAUCCUACAUGCUGUGCGGCCAAAAAAAAAAGAAUGAAGAAGGCAUCUACAGGUGCGAGCAACACAUGCAAGCAGCUCACCCUGGGCUGUUAGAGUGCGAGUGCAGUGAGGAGGGCAUCUAUACAGGAGGAAGAUCUGUCAUCAGGUGGCAGUCCAAGUAGGGUGAGGGGGUCACUUGCCAUAGAGGCAGCCAGUGGUGGGGAGAUGAAGACGUCCACACAGGGGCCAGCCCAUUACAGUCUCAGAGCCAGAGUAGGAUGAGGAGGGCAUAUAUGCGAGAGUGUUGGGGCUUUGACUGCAUGCUGAGAGAUUAAUCAAAUAAGUAUAUUAGGAAUAACCUGAGCCACGUUUCUCACUAGUGGAGAAGGGUGUUACAUGCAUGGAAAGGGAGAAAGCAAGAAUGAACUCUGUGGUGGUGGAUCGGAGAAAGGGAUAUUCGCAUGUGUUCAUGGUUUUCAACAGAUCUACGUAAAUAUAGAAAUAAACAGGGAGGGAAGUAGCUCUGUCCACUGAGGGUUUGGGAGCAGAAGUGUGAUAGCAAUAAGUGUUUUGUGCCUAGAUCUUGGAUUCUAAAUACCACUUUCCACUAAAACAACAACAAAAACCCAAGGCUUCUUGGAGAAAUAGUUGAUUCUAGGGCUGGGACCAAAGUACAAGAUAGGCCUGGAACAUCUUGUACCAGAAAGCAAAGAACUUAUCAAGGAAAGAUAAGAUCAUAUCAAAGGACACAGAAGUUAGCUUGAAGGGACUCUCACUAGCCAAAUCUGGAACAUUCUGAGCAUUAAAAUAAUAGUAAUGGAUUAUAAGCUAUUGAAUGAAAAAAGGAAAUCAUGAAUUCAUACUGAUAAAAGUAGUAAGUUGGAAAUUAGAUAAGGUAUGGUAUAUUUAUAUAGUUUCAAAUACUUCUCUCUGCACAAAAUACUUAAUUACAAGGGAAAAACAACUGUAGUGGAGAAGCCUGGCAGACACCAUCUUAAGUGAUCAAAAUAAACAUCAUCUGUAAUGGGAUAAAUCAGUCAUGCAUCACCUGAUAAGAUGCAAAGGGAAGAACAUGUAAUUACUUCUGUGAUUCUCUUGUCAGAAAUGUAUAACCUGAAUCUAAUCAUAAGAAAACAUCAGACAAAAUAAAAUUGAGAGACAUUCUAUAAAAUAA